CUGGUAUUUUAAAUAUAUAUAGGAAUGAAAAAUCUGCUACAGUACAUCUUUCUCUUCAUUAUUAAAUGUGGCUGCAACACUCUGGCGUUAGAUAAUUCAUCAGUCUCUCUGAUGGUCGAAGGAGGAGUGAGUCUGGUUGGUGAACAUUGUCCUGGAACUGUCAGACUGUUCUGUGAGGGAGUGGACCUUGUCCAUCUUCGAUGGACACACAACGAAAACAAUUUAAUCUAUGACUUUCAAACUGAUUCAGAGACAUCUUCUGAUCCUAUUCCAUUAUUGCGCCCUGAAUUUCUGUCUGUGCAGCUCAGAGCAGUUUCUCAGUCCUUAUUGUCCUCCGUUCUAACAGUAGAUGUGGAGCAACUACAGCUACAGGGGGUUACUAGCAUCUCAUGCGGAGAUGUUGCAACCAUUAGGACUAUACAAGUGGAUCCCAUUAUCAUCCAUGAAACAACUCCAGACAGCCCGAAAGUAUCUUCGAUCAGUGCUCGCUACCAUUCUGGCCUACUGAACAGCUUGCAAAUAUCAUGGAUUAAACUGCAACCUGCUUACCCUGAACACAUGCUAGAUUCAAUAGCAUAUAUAAUUGGCCUAACAGGCUCUCAAUCCAUUCAAGUCAAUUACAACACAUGUGGUAGAAUGUUUUGUACAAGAAUCUUUGAAAACAUUGCACGUACUGCGGAGGAUCGUGAACACAACUUAACGAUUGUGCUUACAGACACGCAUUCAUCAGGUGACUCAGAUUCAUACGAAACAGUAAAAUUUAUAGCUCAUAGCAGUGACUACUACUUCUCUAUAAUGCAUGCAUACGAUGGCUGCAAAUUGAGAGGAGUUUGUAUGUCACCACUGAAAGCAUCAACGGUUGCCUUUUGUUCCGUUGUUUAUCUAAACAAUUUACACCAAAUUUUAGUACAGAUAAACACUAGUCUUGAUGAGCAAUACACCUUAACACCAUCAAAUAUCAAUUUUUACGAAGCCUGGGUAGGAAUCAAUGAUUCAGAAGUCGAUCAAGUUACUAAUAGGAGAAAUUUCACUAUUGAACCUAGUUAUCCCGAGAUUAUGAUGGUAAUUGUUCUGUACUCAAACAGGGGAGAGUUGAAAAUAAUUCAGGUUGAUUGGGUUAACGUUGCCUCAGUGUGUGGUUACAGCCCGAUACAAUAUCAGCUGAGUAUCAGAUACAAUGAUAUGGAAGCAGUAGCACUCUCGACAGCUGAAGUCCAAUCAAACGAGUGCAUGCCAGCAACAUGCACAGCGAAGAUUGUUAUUGCUACAAAGUUCUUAACUUCCAGUCUCAGGAUUUUCCUAACAGCAAGUAACAGUGGAGGCACAAGUACACAUGAAUUCAUCAGUCCUAUUCAUCAAUCCAGUUCACUGUACUAUCGACCCAGUAUUAUGUUUCUAAACUGUACAGCCUUGCAAAUUAACUGCUUUAGCUCACAAAUUCAGUCAACUCAGGACCUCAUUUCUAAUAAUGUUUUAACAUUGCAAGAGACCACCACAUCACACUAUUUCCUUCUGAAAUGGAACAUUAGUGACACACUGCAGUUGCAAGAAGAAUUCGUGUACAUCACCCGUCAUACAUGCUCACAAGGAAUGGACGAAUCUGAUGUUUCAACUACCAGUGGAAUUGCCUUUAGUAAUGAAAUAAUUAUUGGUAUUUCAAUUGGGUUAACAAGCUUGGUCUGUCUUCUGUCGACACUCAUAAUUGUGGUUAUUGCUGUGGUACUCAAGCGACAGAAGAUAAGUGGAAACAAGACCACCAGCAACAAUACUGGUGUGUCCAUGGUGAUCAAUAAUUUAGAGAGGACUCCGAGCCCUGUGUAUGAAGAGAUUGACGAGUUGCGUUUCAAACAAAUCGAAGUGAAUAGAAAUGAAGCAUAUGCACGCUAUACUCAAGAGGCUGUGUACUACAACACUCGCUCUUAAUUUAAUUGGUAUAUAGUAACAGUAAACAAUAGUUUAAUCAACUGAUCACUCUCACUAACUUUCGAUGCUAGUUAUAUUGACUGUGUGGAUCCAGUUUACACAACAUUAUUUAGUCCCAAAUUAUCUGGCUAUAGCCCUCUGAUUAUUUCCACAAACAGCUGCGUUCAACACCAUGCAUUGUAUAUACAACUUAUCUCAC